GCCCCUGGAGACGGCAGCGGGCGGAGGACGGCGGCGGGUCAUUGCACAAAUAAAAGCCAAGCAAGGCAGACGAGUUACAGGACUGCCUAUGUAGACAAAAGAAUUCGCUGAAGGCCACGGAACCUGAGGCCGGGCAGCGUCUUGUGACUCCCAGUCUGGUGCUUUGACUGCUGACUGCUCCCGCUUUACAUGCUGUAAGAUCAACAGAUUUUGCAGAGCAUCGCCGGCUCGCUGAAAAUGUCGGGUAAAACAGCCAGCACCACCAACAACAUAGCUCAGGCCCGGAGGACUGUCCAGCAGCUGAGAAUAGAGGCCUCAAUAGAAAGAAUAAAGGUGUCAAAGGCAUCAGCAGACCUAAUGCUCUACUGCGAAGAACACGCCAAGAAGGAUCCGCUGCUGAUGGGCAUCCCUGCUUCUGAGAACCCAUUCAAGGACAAGAAGACGUGCGUUUUGUUAUAGGGGCACCGCAGUGCCCCCGCAGCCCCCCGGGGCAGGGCAAGCCGCAGGCAGAGGUGUAGGCAAACGACCUGUAAGGUACCUGGUAUUCACUGUCCUCUUCUCACGUGUAGAAACGAUCUCUUAGGCUUUCUAAAGCAUUUCUUCUGCUCCCAGUCUCCGGUAGGAAGCGAGGUUUCACACUCAAUCACUUCUCCCUUGGCCAGAGGAGCGGGGUCCUGUGCGGAGCCGUGGCUCCUGCUCCGCUCCUGCUGUGGCCUCACACACACACACACACACACACACACACCAAAGCUGCCCGGCUGUGCUGCAGAACAGAGCCGGGCUAAGAGUUGGAAUCCCCAUUAUUAAACAGUGCUGGUGUCACACUUGUUGCAAUCACGUGUGUACGCAGAGCGGGGCCUCCCUCUGCAGCAUGCAGAUGUGCGUAUGUGCACGUUCACUCUUAGAAGUGCAUUAUCGAGCAGCAGCUACCUUGAGAAAUGAUGGUAGUGACUGCUGGUUUUAAUACCCCGCUGGUAUUAAGAGAGAAGCUGUCCAAAGAACCAGAGGCGACACGCUCACCGUCGGUGUCUCUGUGGCUCAGAGGUGUGGUUCUGCCACCCGAGGGCUCAUCUGUGAUCUGUGCAGGCGCUCCGAAUCUGCCUCUUUCCUACAUCCCUUCUUAAAGGGGAAAAAAUGCCAAACUGCACCCAGUCCGUGGUUGUGCAGGUGUGCCGGGGGGCCUUUCCAUCGAGGAAGUCAUUUGAUACGUAUACAUCAUAAAAAAGCCCUUGUGUGUGUGUAUAUAAAUACAUAUAUAUAUAAACUUUAAUAGAAUAUUUAUACAAACAUGGCAUAUUAACAGCAGACUUCCAGGGGACUCGCAAUGAUUCUGCCUUUCUCUGUAGCCGUGGCCCAGGGCUGGAGCUGUGAGCGGCCGGCGCUGCGCCCUCCUGUAAGGAUGCUUACAGGACUUAUUAACCACUUGUAAUUUACUGUCUUACGUUGCCUAUUUGUCAUUUCUAUAUUAAAUUAUAUACGCACUGUUGAUAAUAUAUUGAAAAACUAUAUAUUUGUUUAACGAGGCUCUUUAACAAACAGCUCAAAAGCCUGAACGCGAGGCUGGCAGUGAGAAAACUGCACUGCUUACUCUGUGCUUACCUUCAGAUUAUUUUUAUAAUUAGACUAUUUUUCUAACGACGAUUUCCAAACGAUAACGUAGAUCCAUGCUUAUUUGUUCCUUUUUUACUGUGUUGGAGUCUCAUUUUGUAACACAUCUCGUUAGACGCAGCCGGGGCGGCCGGCAGGGGCAUGCACGGGGGCCGGGGGCUGGUGCUGUAGCCCAGGUGCUGCUCCUCCCAGGAGCCACCAGCGCUGGUCAGAGCUCCUCACCCCACCUGUGGUGCUGGAUCGGCGGCUGGACUGUUGGAUCGGGGUCUUUUCCAACCAGAAUGGCUCUGUGCUCGGUGUGUGUGCAGGCCCAGUGGUAGUCUAGCUUUGUCCCCGUGCUGUUUGCGAGCCGGGUGCCGACACGAGGUGCGGCGGUGCUGCUCCUGUAGGCUGGAGCUCUGCCGCCUCUCGUCCCCCCCACCCAUAGCGCCAUGCCCGCCCGGCACACAGGAUGCUUCCCUUUGUACUUUCUAAUAAAGAAGUCGUGGCACGGA